UGCACGGACACAGGGAGCUCCUGCAGCACAAUCCGACUGUUCCGGGUUCGCGUUUCCGACUGGAACCGACUGGCGGCCUCCGUCACCGGCACCGAGAGGGACAGGGGCAGGGAGAGGCUGCUGCUUAGUAACCCCCGCGGGGAGAGGGAGACAGGGGAGUUGAAACUUAUGUGAAAAGAAUGUCGUUGUCAUCUCGGGAGAAGUCUAAAGUUGAAGUACUGAGAAAGAAGACAGCUGAGCCAGCAGCAAGUAAUCCUCCAGCUGCCACUGUUAAACCAUAUCCCAGGCCCAGUGACCGGCUAAAUCCAAAAACUAUCAAUCCAUUCAGUGACCCACUGAGACAACAAUCUAUAUUUGCUGCAGCAUAUUCUAAAAGAGAGAUUCCGUGCAGGUUAUUUCAUGGUUCAGUGAGUCAUAGACUACAAUGGGAUCAGCCACCAGAGACUGUUUGCUUUGACCCUCUUCUUAUUACCUUAGCUGAGGGAUUAAGAGAAACUAAACACCCUUACACAUUUGUAGCCAAGGAAGGUUUCAAAGAAUUGCUGGAGAUUGAAAAUGCUGCUGAGAAGGCUAUUCCACUAGUUCCAAAGGUGGUUCCGAAGUUAAAAGCUGCUCUGGCACAUUCAGAUGUUGAGGUUUUUGAGAGAGGAUUGUGUGCUUUGGUCCAGCUUAGUGCUGUUGUUGGUCCAGCUGUAAAUAGCCAUCUUAAACAUCUGUUGACUAGUCUGUCAAAAAGAUUAAUGGACAAAAAACUUAAGCAGCCAAUCACAGAAGCCCUGCAGAGACUGGAACAGCAUGGUGGAAAGGAGAGUCUGGCCAUUAUUAAAUCCAAAAUUCCAACCUAUUGCUCUAUUUAUACUUGAGAAAAAGACAACUUCUGCACUCGGUCAUACGUUUCUGCAUCCAGACAGAUAUUGUGGAUAACAAGAACAGCUUGCAGGAGUUUUGUCUGACAGUAUGAUGUAAUUUUCAUUUUAUGUAGUUUUGCAUUCAAAUCAAAUAAAUAUCCUGACCGAAUUUAUGUUGAGUGAGGGUGAG